AUGCUUCCCUACCUCUUUCCUGACCUCUCUGCCUUUCCCACUGUCGCUGACCUCAUUACGCACCUCCGCACUAGUGACACUCGCUACCGCGCCGCCCUUCCUGCUGAGUUCUGCGCUAAGAACCCACCCCCCAUGUACAUCGCUCUCUACUACGUAGUCGCGCGCCUCCCUGACUCCCUUCGCGUCGUCAGGGACCACUUUCUCGCAGUCUGUCCCACCACCCUCACCGUCGACCUCCUCGAGAAGGCCCUCCUCGCAGCGGAGAAGAGCAUAGUCGCUGUAGGUGCUUCUCGUGGUGACCCUCGCACCCCCAUCUUUGAGGGUGCUCUCCUCCCCCCUGCUGCCCUCUGUUGCCUCUGCUGCUGCUUGCCGACCUGCUUGGUCUUGAGUCGGUCGGCGCGGCGUCUGCCCCUAGUGGGAGACGUCGCUCCAGCAAGGGCAAGGGGGGCAAGGGCGCGGGUGGAGCUGGAGGGGGCGGUGGCGGUGGCGGCGGUGGCGGCGGAGGAGUGGGGUGGCGGCGGGACUAGUGGCGGGGGUGGUGGUGGUGGUGGCAGCAGCGGCGGAGACGGUGGUGGUGGUGCCAGCGGUGGUGGUGGAGGCAGCGGCGGAGGUGGAGGCGGCGGAGGUGGAGGCGGUGGAGGCGGCAGCGGAGGAGGCGGUGGUGGUGGAGGAGGUGGAGCUGGUCGGGGUGGUACCCAGCAGCGUAGCGGCGGUGGUGGUCGGCCAGCGCUCGCAGCGGCAGCAGCAGCAGCGCUCGCGGGACAUCCCUCCGCCUCAGCAGCUUCGGCUGGUGUAGCGAUCUUUGAUCUUGAUUUUGAUGCUAUCCUUGCUGCUAUGUAUGCUUGUGACUAUAGUGAGGAGAAUGAGGGUUACCGGUGUUUCCAGCCCGACCCGGGCAUUGGUACUGCUGCUGCGCUAGGUGCUUGUGAGGCUGCUGCUCUAGGUGCCAGUGCGUCUGCGCUCUCAGGUACUGGUGAGACUGCGCUCUCAGUCUCCCUUGCUGACCCCUCUGGGGGUCCUGUCCUGUCUCACUUCUCCACUGUCCUCCGUGUCCGGCUGCCCCUUCGGGCACCCUGUCUGGUCUCUACCUUCCCUCGUUCUCUACGAACUUGGGUGAGUGGCGCGGACCUGCAGGAUGUGGGGUUCCACCAGUUCACUCCUGCGAGUCAGCGGGUGACCCACUGCACGGAGGCACGCACAGGCCGACACCUGGCCACGUUCUCGCGUCGGCCGGGGUCGAGUCUCUACACCCUGACCGUUGAGUCUCCUCCUGUCCCUGCGUCUGGUCAGGUGGCUGCGUCAGGUCAGGUGCUUGCUGCUGCGUCCCGGACCCUUCAUGUAUCCCCUGUGUCGAGGGUCGCCUCCGGGCUACUCCUCACUCUUGCACUCCCCCCGACAGAGGCUCCCCUGCAGACGCUUCACAUGGAUGAGUGGGGCCCAGCCCCCGUCCGUGGGCAGGGUUACGAGCGCUACUUCCUGUUGGUGGUUGAGGACUACUCGCGUUACACCACAGUCCUCCCCUUGCGCAGCAAUGGGUGCGGUCACUGA